AUACGUAAACCGUUCGGCGCAAAAUUUCAAACGGAGAUUCGCUAGGAAAAGAAAUAAGGGAGAUAAGAAAGGUGCCUAGUAUCUGUUAUAUAGUUCAUUUUAACCUUUUUUAUUUUUUAAAAACAAUCCAUAACUAACAGAAGCAUAUCGGUUAAGGCAGCGACAUGAGUGCCACCUCCACCCCCACCUCUCGUGCACAUCAGUGGGCUUCACCAUCCCUAGCGAUGAAGGGCUCCAUCCUUAGCAGCACCCCAGUCCUGGCUGCCUUCCCUGGCAAUGAUGACGAGACAGAGAGGCGGCAAAGGCGCAGGUCAAGGGUUAUGGAUCUCCAAGGAGCAUUGGAUGCCUCAGUUACCGAUUCUCCUGCACACAGUGUCUCAGGAACCCCUGCUGCUGUUCCCAAGCUGUCAAGUGCACAGAUUUCUGAGCACUACUCCACCUGCAUUAAACUCUCUACAGAGAAUAAAAUAACUACCAAGAAUGCCUUUGGUCUGCAUCUGAUCGAUUACAUGGCUGAAAUUCUUAAACAGAAGGAUUCUGAACUCACAAACUUCAAGGUGGCAGCAGGAACUUUGGAUGCUAGCACAAAGAUUUACGCAGUUAGAGUUGAUGCAGUUCAUGCAGAUGCCUACAGAGUCCUGGGUGGUCUGGGUUCGGAAACUAAGUCUGGAGAGGAGAAGGAUGCAGAAGAUGGAGAAGAUGAGCCUGGAAGUGAAGGUGGAGAGACAGCAACAAAGCAGGCUCUAAAGAAGAAGAGGCCCCCAAAGAAGACUGUUGAGCAGAACCUGAGCAACAUCAACAGUGCUGAGUCUGAGAGGAAGUGUGAGGUGGACCCCAUGUUUCAGCGUAUGGCAUCCUCCUUUGAUGAGAGCAGUACAGCAGGUGUCUUCUUGUCGGUGCUGUUCAGUGAAGACAACCACUGUGAGCUGCUCUUCCCCUCCUAUCUCACCCUACUACGGUCAGCGCCACCCAGCCCCCCGUCACCCCCAAAGUAUGUCCCAGCACAACCCUUCAAAGGUGGUCUACAACUGUCUCAGGAUAAGAGCUCCAUCUGCCCCUCUCUGGAAGAUUUCUCUUUCACCAGAAGGAAUCCUGACCAGGUGAGAACAAUAAACCAACUUCUAGAGAAGAUGAAGCUGGGACAGCAUGCAUUUGACGUGAAUGCAGAAGUAGAACCAGAAGAAAGGGAUUGCCAGGACUUUGGAGAUGACUUUGAUGCGGAUGACUGUGAGAUGGGUCAGGAUGAUGGCGAGGAGGGUCCCAGGGAUCAUAAGGAAGCUUGUGCAAUGACACCUCUAGGGAAAGGACGGGAUGUGAUUGCGAUCGGGAAAGGGGACAUCACUACCAUGUGUCUGCAGCUCUCCUCCCAGCCCAGGGAAUAUUCUUACUUUAGCCCCAGGACUAUGGCCAUGUGGGCCGGUCCUGGCUACUGGCGCUUCAAACCCCGCCACAAACAGGAUCAUGUUUCUGACAAGGAAAACCAGAAGAGAAAGCCAAAAAAGAUCUUUGAGCUCGACUUUGACAAAGAAAUUAACUUUGAUACCUAUUUCCGCACCACAAGGGCAGCGACCACAAAUAACAAGUCUGCCUUGCACACCUGCAAUAAGAAGACAACUCUGCCGGCCGAUUUCCACUAUCCUCCAGAGACACUGUCCCAGCUCAGCUUCAAGCCCUCUAACACAUUAUGUAAGCAAGGAGCAAAGAGAGUAUCAGGAGAGCUGGGUGAGGCCAUUGGAGACUACAACUACAACAACGCAAAUGACACUGCCAACUUCUGCCCUGGCCUACAGGGUGGACAGAGUGAUGAUGACACCGAGGAGCUUGGAGGGGCAGAAGAAUAUGAAGCAACUUUGCAACCCUUCACUGAAGAAAUUCCUUGCUCUUCACAAGAUGGCGAUAACAUCUCCACCUACAGGGAGGACAACUUGGUGCCAGAACCAUACAAGGUUAAGAAAAUGGAGAUAAAUUAUGCAAAGACAGCCAAGAAGAUGGACAUGAAGAAACUGAAGAACACCAUGUGGCGCCUGCUGACAGACUGUCUUGACAAGCCAGUAAAGGAGGUGGAAAACACAGAGGGAGGCAAUGUCUCUGGGGAAAAAGCUUUUAGCAAGACUACUAAGACCCUCUUUCAGAGGUUGCCCUCCAGUAUGGCUCAGAAUCUAUCAAUACCUCUGGCGUUUGUGGCCUUGUUACACCUAGCAAAUGAGAAGAAUUUGGAGCUCCUUAAAGUGGAUGACAUGUCAGAUAUCAUCAUCAAGCAAGGCCAUUAAAGUGAUGUUGACAACUGAGUAGAUACUGAAAUUUGUUUUUUUUAAUAACAUUUUCCUAACUCUUACUCUUAUCAGUGUUGUACAUGGUGGGACCUUUGCGAAAAGCUUAAUUUUUAUCAAGCUGUGAUUUUAUUUUCUUUUUAACUGUUAAUCAUUGACUCUUCCCUGGUCUGAGUACUUCAACUUCUCUACCUGCCCCAUAAAUUUCUUUAAAUGUGUACAGUCUAUACAUUUCUACUCUGGUCACUGCCUAUUCAUUCUUAGACCUACA